CACCUCCACUCCUUCUCCCCCCGUGUGUCUUUAUAAGCUCCUGCCUCUCUUCUCGUCACACUCCCACCCUGCUCACCUCUCAGCUGGACAGUGAAGGCUCGCCCGCAUCACACUGAACAACAUGCUGGGGAUCAUCUACACUCUCAUCACCGCUCUAUCAUGUGUCGAUGCGGUGAUAGUGCUGACCCAGACGCCUGCUGUCCGCACUGUUUCUGCAGGACAAGAGGUCGUUCUCAGCUGCAACAUUCAGAGAUAUGAUAGCAAUUAUGUGAGCUGGUAUAAACAGGUUCCUGGUGGGGUUCCUCAGUAUGUUCUGAGAUUUCACCAUUCGGGCAGUGCACUAGCUUUUGGAUCAGGAUUCUCUUCAAACCGAUUCAACUCUAAGUCCUCAUCAGACGUAGAUUACCAGUUCAUCAUUAAGCGGGCGGAGGCAGGAGACUCUGCUCGGUAUUUCUGUCAGACGUGGGAUGACUCUGCCGAUGCAGCUGUAUUCGGACAAGGCACCAAGCUGAGUGUGACAAGCUCCAGCCUCUCUCCUCCCGUCCUGACAGUCUUCCCUCCGUCCAGUGCUGAGCUCCUGUCCAACAAAGCCUCUCUGGUGUGUCUGUCCAGUCAGUCUGUGCCUUUUGCAGAUGUGACCUGGUUGGUUGGUGGGAGUCCCGUGAGCAGUGGGAUCUCCACCAGCACCGUCGUUCACCAACCGGACCAGACUUUCCAAAUCAGCAGCUAUCUGUCCAUCCAGACGUCCGACUGGAACGCGGAUAAGAUUUACACAUGUAAAGUGUCUUUGGGCUCCCAGACUUCAGAGAAACACAUCAAGAAGUCAGUCUGUAGCACUGGAGAGUAACAGAGGAGCAGAACGACCAUUUGAAACCUGCUUCUCCAGAUCAUUUUAAAGUUUAUAUGUCAGAAGAGAUGUUCCUGCUUGUAAUACGUGUUGUGAAGAUUCGGUGGAUGUGUUGUAUCAGCUUUGCAACUGCUGCAAUUUUCAUUAUUCAAUCAAUGAAAUAAAAAAAAAAUGCAAUGCAACAAA